AUGUCCCUCUUUCAACGCGGUGCGAUUCUCCGCGCGUACCACUACGUGCACCCCAAGACAGGGAGGCCCAUCCGCCAAUUUCGCCGCUACGGCGACCCUCGCUUUAUCAACAAUGAGGCAGCACUUAUUAAAGGACAGUGGGGCCUCAUCACGGCCGACUUUGGGAUGGUGACGCAGUCGCAGCUUGAGAAUGCCCGUCUGGCGAUGCUGCGUCGUCUCCCGCGUGGCGGAUUUACGCUUACGAUGCACACCAACUAUGAGGAGUUCCCCGUCGUGAAGAAGAGCCCAGAAAGUCGUAUGGGUGCGGGUAAGGCAAAUAUUCACCACUUUGCGUUCAAGUUUACAACAGGGAUCCCGUUGUUUGAGAUUUCGGCGGUCUCCUCGCGUCGCCUUAACCAGGCGGAGGCGGAGGGUAUCUUUUUGGCCGGUAGACCUUUUAUUCCGCUACAGACCGUCGUCGUGCCACAGGGCCGCGUCGAUGAGUACCACGUCUUCAGGUAG